UGGCGCACGAAGCCAAAGAUAGAGUAACAAAUCAGGAAUUUCCCUCCUGCCACUCCUGAGAGCUCAAGAGAGGACAAAAGUUACGGAUUAGGCGCUUCUCCUCGGAGAGGGAAGAGCGAAAGGCAGCUAAUUCGCCUCAACUUUUUUGGGGCCAGAUUAUCAUCAAUCCGAACGUUUCCGGAUGCGUUUUGAGGACAUUAUAUUGAGGGAAAAAAAGGAGGAAAAAAAAAAAAAGUUAUUUCUGUGUCACUAUGAGUCUGGACCCAUCAGCUUUUGCAUGAUGGCUUCCUUUAGAAAAACUCCCCUGGAAUAAAUGGCGCACUGCAGCAGAGCAAAGUUUCUGAAGAACACUGUGAUACUCGGGUCCCGGGUUUGUGACUUUUCCGCCGGUGGGAUAGCUGUCGUCGGACACUUCGCUGCGGCAGAGCUCCUCGAUGGCGUAGGCGCUGGUGAGACUUUUUCCAACACCUCGAGGACAAGGAGUCCGCGUUCGUGAGGCAGAUACAUCUGGAUUAUGCGCGUGGAAGAAAUCGGAGUGUUCUGAAAUACAGUGAAAACCCACCACCGUUACUUUUGGAGGAGGGAAAUGCGGAGUAAAAACGGCGUCUAGAAGGAUGCUGCUGCUUGUACAAUGGAAGUGAAGAACUCUUUUGCCGUUGUUGCGGUGGUUUUGCUCUUCGUUUGCUCCGGUUUCGGCCAAGAACUCAACCCUAAAGGCAGGAAUGUAUGCAAAGCACCUGGGUCGUCGGGAUCGGCGUGCUGCAGCGGAUGGGGGCAGCUAGGGGAUGAAUGCCUGACACCUCUCUGCGAAGGCAACUUCACCUGCAAGGAAAAUGAGGUGUGUGUCAGGCCCAAUGAAUGUCGCUGUCGCCAUGGAUACUUUGGAGCUAGCUGUGAUACUAAGUGCCCUGCCCAGUUCUGGGGCCCUGACUGCAAAGGGAAAUGUAAUUGUUAUCCCAACGGCCAGUGCGAUGACUUGACCGGCGAGUGUACCUGCAACCACAAUCGUUGGGGGCCAAACUGCGAGAACGCAUGCUUAUGCCAAAAGGGCAAAUGUGAUCAAGAGACGGGCAAAUGCACAUGCCACCCUGGCAUCUGGGGUCCCCAGUGCAACAACAACUGCUACUGCAGCAUCAACUCUGUCUGUGAUGCGAUGACAGGCCGUUGCCUGUGCAACCCUGGCUGGACGGGGAGGAACUGUGCAAUCCAGUGUAACUGUAACAAUUCACCAUGUGACCAGUUCACGGGACGUUGUCAGUGCCGAGAGAGGCUGUGGGGCCCACGGUGUGAACGAUACUGCCAGUGCAUCCACGGCAAAUGCAACCAAGCCGACGGCUCGUGUACCUGCACACCAGGGUACCGUGGGAAGUUCUGCAGGGAGCCAUGUCCUGCUGGAUUCUAUGGUCAAAACUGCAGAAACAGGUGUGGGCACUGCAAGGGCCAGCAGCCCUGCAAGGUGACAGAGGGACGCUGCAUCACCUGCGACAGAGGCUGGAAUGGGACGCGGUGUGACCAGCUCUGCUCCAAGGGCUUCUUUGGCGAAAACUGCCAAGAAGUGUGUCCCACCUGCAAAGACGGUCACCACUGCGACCCCAUUCAUGGCAAGUGCUCUCACUGUAACCCCGGCUGGAUUGGGGACAGGUGCGAGGUGCGCUGCCCUAACGGCACCUAUGGCGAGAACUGUGAGAACAACUGCAGUCACUGUUUUAACGGCAUCUGUCAUGUUGUCACCGGAGAGUGCCUGUGUGACGCGGGAUUUUAUGGCACCUACUGCAAUAUGACCUGUCAUCCUGGCCAGUACGGAGUGAACUGCAACCAAACCUGCUCUUGCCAUGACAAGAACUGUGAUCCUGUGUCUGGUGCCUGCUAUCUUCAAUUCUCUGCAUCUCGUCUUUCAGAGCCCAACCAGCGGAUGGGUGUGAUUGCGGCUGGAACCCUGGUCUCCUUUUUACUGAUUGUCCUCCUCUCGCUGCUGUGCUGCUGCUGCCUGUGUCGACACAAAGACGACCACAACAAAAAAGCCAAGCGGAUCCUGUGUGGACGAUUCAGCCGAAUCAGCACUAAACUUCCCCGGAUUCCACUGAGGCGACAGAAACUGCCCAAAGUAGUCGUAGCCCACCACGACCCAGAGAACACCUUCAACUGCAGCUUCAUUGAGCCCCCCUCAGUAGCCGAGCAGCCCUCCCCCUCCUCCUGGUCGUCCCAAGAGUCCUUCUCUUCCUUUGAGAGUGGAGACGAGGGGCCAGUUUACUGUGUGCCCCAUGAAGAAUCUAUGAAUGAAAGCAAAGAGAAGCGCAGCCCCAGCCCAGCAACAGAGAGGCUAGAAGCUGUCCCUAAUGAGGAUGAUGCAGGGGAGUACACCUCCCUGAAAGACACCAGUGUCACAAAACCAGAAGGCAAUGAGCAGCCCCUUCUCAAGUCUUCUGACAGUGAAGGCUCCACCAGUGGCUCUGAGUCCACAACUGCAGCUCUCUACGCCCGCAUUGCCCGCCUCUCCAAGCAGUCCAAGGAGGAUGAUGGUAGUGGCAAGGAUGGGGACGGCACUCCUACACCAGAGGCCAAGCGCAAUGGAAAACCACCACCUUCACCUGGCAAACCCAAACCACGCCCACCAGAUCCAUCCACUAAGCCCAAGAUAUCGUGGAUACACGGAAAUACCACAGGGUCUCCCCAGCCAGAGCAGCAGGGGCAGGGGGGAAUGAAGGCACUGGGAGUGCCAAAGGAGAACAAGAGGAGCUCGAGUGAUGGCUCAGCGAAGAGCGAGGAGCAUCAUAAAAUGAAGGAGAGGAACCGUGAGCAGCAGAAGAAACAAGAGGGCAAGGAGGCAGACGCCAAUGGCUCCCCCAGUAAACACAAACCUCUGCGAGGUAAGAAGUCUGGGGACGAGCACAGCAGUCCCAGUCACAUGGAGCACAUUAAUGGUGUUGUUCAGAAUGCCCUGAAGAAGAUUAGUAGCUUUCACAGCUCCUCAUCUGCAAAGAAGAGUGCUGACAGUCCAAAGGAGACACCCAAGGAGCCACCCAAGAGCCCUAAGGUCAUCCAUCCUCAUAUGAACUCUGAGGCUGCCACGCUGCUGGCUGCUCAGCUCAAGGAGAAAACUCAAAGCAUCAACCGGAAUGAGGGGACAGGCCUGACAAAGACCAACGGUCUCUCCACACCCAAGGGAAACCGGGAGAAGCCCACACCUCCACAGAAAGCCAAGAGGACCCCCUCCAGUGGAUUGAGCCAGCAGAGCUCCACCAAGCCCCUGCUGCCCACCUCUAGCAGCCUCCAGAAGAUGGUGGCACCCGUCACUACCGACCUCGGAACCCCUGAAGCCAAGAGCCCGGAGAAGCAGGACUUGAACGGGUCAAGGUCAGGGGACCCAACGCUGGAUCCUACACCAAGGAAGACUCCGAUAAAAAAGCCACCCAGGAAGAAAGGCAAGGAGGGUACUUUGGAUACACCUGAAAGUAAAUCACCCCAGCAAAAGACAGCCAUCAUGCCACCACAGGUAGUGAAAUAAGUGUUUCUUAAAGACUAAUUGCACAAAGUUUGUGAUGGAUUUCAAAAAGACUAAAACGGAUUUGUUGGAAGGUGAAUCACAUAGUUUAUCAGUCAAGGAAUUUAAAACAUUUUCCUGUGUGAGUGUGCUGUGACUUCAGGACCAGUCAAGAGUGAGAAAUGCUUUUAAAUCAAGGGCAUAUUGGUGAGUUGUAUUAUAAUGACCUCUAUACACCAUUGUAUUACAUUUCAAGAAUCUUUUUUUGUGUUACAACUAAGUAUCAGUCUCCCACCACAACCUGUGGCUAAGCUGGACACAACUAUGAGAACAGUGGCGCUCAGACAUAAUCCAUAGUUCAUUCAUCUCUAUUCCUCUGCAGUAUGUCCACCACUAUAUUUAUAUAUGAAUUGCUUUUGAGGUUGCAUAACUGUAAUUUGCUAUGCAGAUGUCAGAAAAAAAUAGCUAUUUUUAUGUACACUCUCCACAGGUACUGAAGGUACUAAACAUAACAACAUUUGGAUCCUCUGAGGAUUGCAAGCUAUUUGUUUUUGUUUGUUUGUUUUCCUCAUUUCAAUGCAACAACAUGCACAAAUACAGUUAGAUAUAAGUUAGAUAUAAUCCUCAUUUUUGAUGUCAAGACUAUUCUUCGCCGAAGAGGGUCUACUUAAAAUAUUGGCAAUUAAGAGCAACACUUUUGCAGUUUCAGUGUGAUUUGUUGGAGAACUUUGCCUUUAGCAAAUAAAGCACAUUUUUUAAUUUCUUCCCACUUGUUGCUACUAGAGCACGUUUCAGGUUGCUACCCCAUGUUAUUAGAAAUGUUUUUCUUUAAUCGACUAAAUCUGACGCCCCAAAGUGCAUAAGUUAUGUUACAUUAAGGACCUAAUCGUUUUCCACACUUGUGAGUCAUCUUUAAUUCCUGAGCUUUAUUUUUGCGUUCAAGGCUCUUCCAAACAGAAAUAUAACAUUUUUGGAUUUAAAGUCUUAGCUCUCGUUUGUCCAACUCUGUCAGAUAGUUUGUUGAGGCAUAAACAAGCCUUUUGAUCUUUCUGCAAAAUGGGCUAUUUAGAACCUCUUUCUUUGGCUAACACCAAAUCACCAGAAUGUGCUCUUACUGUAUGUUUUAUUCAGUCAGCUAAACCACUAAACCAAAAAAUGAAACGCCAAGCUAUCCUAUGUCCUCACUUUAUGUCAUGCUUAUAAAUCACUUUAAACUCACUUAGUUCCUCUGUAUUACAGCAACAUCUGCAGUUUCUCUACGCUGUAGUUAAGAAAACAUACCGCAGGACAAUAUCAUCCUGAAAAUCAGACGGAAUAGAUAGUUUUGUUAAAGUAGUGGCUGUUAGUAGUGUACUCUACAGAUCCUAUUACUGCCUUGUGCCAUGUGUCUUUAUUUGCUCUUUCAGUUUAGUUGAGAAACUAGGUCAAUAUCAUUUUACAUGAGUUGUUUAUGCCAUCAGGAUAUUGUUUGAAAAAAAAAAAAGAAAUCUUGUCAAAGAUGUUUUGUCCAUUAAGGAUCAUAUUUUCUUAAGCUUGUAGAUCCAUGCUGAACAAGGUGCUUUAAUUUCAUUGUUGUUCAUAGGGUAAGACUAUAAGACUAAAUGGUACCGUGCCUCGAGUGUUAAAAUGUGCCUCAACUGUGGAUCAGUUUAAGCAAAAGACGUUUUGUUAGCCUAAAUGUUGCUGCCAACUUUUAUUUCAAGUGUUUAUCCUAAAAUAAGUCAACCAAACAAGGUGGUGGGGCAGGCUACUUAAACUGGACUAAUUUAGUUUGUCAAGCGGACAAAGCUUUUUUUAAGUUACUGGUGGAUAGCUAUUUUGAAAGUAGCACUUAAAACAUGAGCUUUGAACAGGGGAUGAUAGAUUAAAGUAUGCAGCAAGUUAAUGUUCAUUGGUAUGUUUUGGGCUGAAGAAUAUUUUACAUUCACAGCUGAUUUGAAAAAUUGUCUUGGUUUUAUGUUUUUUUAUCAAGGUACAACACAUUUCUUUGGUUAUUUUUUCAACAUUUUCUACUUGUAUACUUUGUGUACUUUUUUAUUAUCUUUGUAAGCUGUGCUUAUAUGACCUUUUUAGUUCUUCUGUUUUCCUUGGUGUCAAUGAACUGGCUUUCAUGUUGUAUUUGCUUUUUUUUUUUUUUUUUUUUUUGGUAUGUCGCUUAUUCUGGGCUUUGAAGCAAACCUACAGUAUGAGUACUUUCCUCCUGUAAAGUUUACAUUGGCUUUGUAAUUGUCCUCUGUUGAUGUUAUUGUUUGUGUAACACUUAACUGCAUGAUGCAGAGUGUAAUUAUAUGGCAUUAAUAGCUGCACAGGAAAUCUGUAAUCUUCUUGUCUUGUUCCCUCCAGUUGUUAUUAUUUCCUUACAUAAAAAAAUAACUCAUACAGAAAGGAUUGUACAAUACAACUAUGAUACCACUGUUGAAACAAUUGCAUAUACUUAAAACUAUAACAUUGUGUAAUUAUGAAGUGGCAAUUUUUACCUGACUGGCCCAUGCCUAUUUCUAUAGGCUUACAGUGCAGUUUUGUAAAGAUGGGCCUGAAAAGCUGCAAAAACGUUACCAACUGUAGGCCUAAGGUAUACAGUAUUUUGUCUUUUGUGGUUUGUUUUUAGCAACUUUGAUUUUCAUUUGUGUAUGGUCAUUAAAUUGGUGUUUCCUCAUUUACUUCUUUGGAAUAAAAAAGCAAUACAUGUAGCUCUAGU